UCUCUUCAAUAUUCAUUGUGAGAUCAGAUUGAAACACAUCAAGCAAAACAAAUGGAGAAGCUUGUUUCUAGCUGGUACAAUAAUGUUCAACCCCUGCCCGAGACUUACAUAUUCCCACCAGAUGCAAGACCGGGGAAGCUUAGCACUCUUCCUUCAUCUGACAACAUUCCAGUGAUUAAUCUUGGUGGUGGUGGAGCAGAAGGUCAUGAUCGAACUCGUAUAGUUGAGCAAAUACUUGGGGCUAGCCAAGAGUUCGGGUUUUUUCAGGUAAUCAACCAUGGCAUAUCAGAAAAUUUGUUGCAUGACACCAUGGAUGUGUUCAGGGAGUUUUUUGCUUUGCCUCCAGAAGACAAGGCAAGCUUCUUCUCUGAGGACCCCAACAAACUCUGCAGGCUCAUAACUAGCACCGGAAAUUAUGACAGGGAGAAUGUUCAUCUUUGGCGCGAUGCCCUUCGACACCCUUGUCACGCUUUAGAAAAAUUCAUUCCACUUUGGCCUCAACAACCGCUUAAAUAUCGAGAGCAUGUUGACAAAUGUUCCACCCAAGUGAGGAAAGUAGCUUUGAACAUUUUAGACUCGAUCAGUGAAGGACUUGGGAUUGGAUAUGGGCACUUCAGCGAUGAACUUAGCCAAGAGACUCUACUCUCAGUUAAUCAUUAUCCACCUUGUCCAGAUCCAAGUUUGACAUUAGGAAUAACUAAACACUGUGAUCCAAACCUCAUCACAAUUUUACUUCAAGGGGAUGUACAUGGCCUUCAGGUUUUUAAGGAUGGGAAAUGGAUUGGUGUGGACAGGGGCGGAGGGAAGUAG